AUGGCCGCGCCUGCCGCGGGGAUCCCGGCCGAGCUGCGAGAGGGCAUCACCACCCUCCUGGGGACAAAGAAGGUUCUCCUAGUGCUCAGCAUCCAGCUGCAGGUGAAGUCCAAGUACGAUGACUAUAUCUUGGUACUGACCCCCUGGAGAGCCUACGUGCUGCCCAUGGUGCUGCCCGUGAGGGUUCACAGCAGCUUCAGCUUCCUGGAGGUGAAGGAGAUGACAGUGAGAGAGCCCAGCUUGGUUGUCAUAGAAACGGAUGCAGCAUCUUACGCCUUCCGGUUCAUGUCCUUCGAUGAUCUGGAGCAAGUUGUCAUCCAUGUCACUGUGUCACUUAAGAAGGUCUUUCCAGACUCAUCCCCUGGGACACUGCUCAAGAAUUCCCCCCCCAACCUGUACGAGAGGAUCCGGCAGGUCACGGACUCGCUGGAGGAAACGCUGCAGAGCAGCCCUGGCCCCUGUGGGGGGUUCUCAGAGACCUACGCUGCUCUAUGUGACUACAAUGGCUUUGCCUUCCGUGAGGAGAUCCAGUGGGAUGUGGACAACAUCUACCACAGCCAGGACUGCAGGGAGUUCAACCUGCUGGACUUCAGCCACCUGGAGAGCAGAGACAUGGCACUGAGUGUUGCUGCCUUGUCCUUCAACCUCUGGUUCACCAAGCUCUCCUGCAAGGACUUCAGGCUGAACCAGGAGAUUUCAGAGCAGCUGCUCUACAUGCUCAGCAAAUCCGUGACACUGGAGGAGCUGGUGCUGGAAAACUGUGGGUUGAAAGGUGACUUUGUACAGAGGAUGGCCCAGGCUCUCAGCAACCACCCUGACUCUGCCCUGCACACCAUCAACCUUGCUGGCAACCAGCUGGAGGACAGAGGGAUCGUUGCCUUCAGCCACCACCUGGAGAAGAGCCCUAAGGGCCUGCAGAGCCUCAGCUUGGCCAGGACCAUGCUCACUGCCAAAGGGAUGAGCACAUUAUGCAAAGCCCUCACAGACAACAAAGCCAUUGGAUCCUCCCUGCAGCACUUGGACCUCUCUGGGAACCCCAGCAGCCUGGCAGGGGACGAUGUCAGCAACCUGCAGAGCCUCCUCCGCCAGUGCCGCUCGCUCUCCCACCUCAGCCUGGCUGGCACAGACUGCCCCUUGGAUGCUCUCUUUGGAGCCCUGGUCCACGGGUGCCACCUCAGCCUGGUGCAUCUGGAUCUCUCCAGGAACGUGUAUUCCCACAGGAGGGUGAAAACCAUCUCCCCUGAUGUCAAGGAGUUCUUCAGCCAGGCCUGUGCUCUCCAGCACGUCUCCCUGGCAGGUACCAAACUGCCAGCAGAGGCUGUGAGGGCUCUGCUGCAAGGGCUGGCAGACAACAGCCACAUCAGUGACCUGCACCUGGAUCUCAGCAGCUGCGAGCUCAGAUCAGCAGGAGCCCAAGUCAUCCAGGACCUGAUCCCCGACGCCGGCUCCGUCAGCGCGCUGGACUUGGCUGACAACGGCUUUGACCCUGACAUGGUCACCCUGGUGCUCUCCAUCGGCCGAAGCAAAUCCAUCCGGCACGUCUCCUUGGGGAAGAACUUCAACAUCAAAUCCAAGGAAGGGCUGCUGGAUGUCCUGCACCGCAUUGUCCAGCUCACCCAGGAGGAUGACUGUCCUCUGCAGUCCCUAUCUGUGGCAGAAUCACGCCUCAAGCUGGGAACCAACGUGCUGCUGAGUGCCCUGGGCAGCAACACCAGCCUCGUCGCUCUGGACAUCAGCGGCAACGCCAUGGGGGACACGGGGGCCAAGAUGCUAGCCAAGGCCCUGCAGAUCAACACCAAGCUCAGGACUGUGGUUUGGGACAGGAACAACACAACAGCCCACGGGCUCCUGGAGGUGGCUCAGGCUUUGGAGAGGAAUUACACCCUCAAGUCGAUGCCUCUGCCGCUGAGCGACGUGGCGCAGGCGCAGCGCAGCCACCCGCAGACCACCGAGGCAGCCGUGCACAAGCUCCAGGCCUGCCUGGCGAGGAACCAGCUGCGGCGCACGCUGCCCGCACAGACCUUCCGCCUGCAGCAGGGCAUCCUCACCACCUCUUCGGAGCAGGUGGUGAAUGAGAUCUGCCUGAGUGUGCAGAAGCACAUCGAGGUGCUGAGCACGUGGCCGGGCCGGGAGCUGGAGCUGGACAUCCUCGGGGCAGAGGAGGCUGUGAGGAACGCCAACCUCUCCGUCAGCAUCCUGCCCCUCCUGUAUGAAGCUGGGAACAGCCCGUACCAGAAUGGGAAGCUGCAGCACAAGCUGGAGUCACUCACUGAGGAGGUGUCACAGAGCUGCAGCAGGGAGAUCCAGGGGAUCAUGCAGGCAGUGCUGGACACAGCACACAGCCUCUGCCCAGCCCUGCUGCAGAAGAGCAGCGUCAGGGACCAGCUGCUCACUGCCAUGUCAGAGCACAUCUACUUCCAGGACCACCUCAACCUCAGUGCUGUCCUGGACCAGAUGGUCACCGAUGUCUUCAGCAAGCUGAAUGAAAUCAAGCUGUCCAUUACAGCUGCUGUGGCUGACUGCAUUGUGGAUGCUGUGCUGGGAGACCUGACCAUGGCCCAGUGCAACCUGGCGGAGAUCCUGUCCAAGCAGGGGCUCGACCUGCCGGCGCUGCCGCCGGAGCCGCCUGAGGACGAUGCCGCGGCGCCCAGGGGCCGGGAUCCCGCGGAGCUGGCGCUGGAGGAGUGCAAGAUGGCCCUGCGGAGGAAGAACAAGCAUUUCAGGAGCAUUCGUCCCACGCCGACCGUGAGAAGUGUGUCGGAGCCGGGUCCGGCUGCGGGCAGGGUGUCCGGCGGGCUGGGAGCGCCGCGGUCGCCCGGCCCCACCGCGCCGCCGCCGCGUCCCGCCGCCACAAAGGAUGCGGAGCCGGCGAGCGCCGAGCUCCCCGCCGCCGGAGCCCUCAUGGACCUGCCGACCGCCGGCGAGAAGCUGGAGCACUGCACCAAAGCCAGGCCCCGGCCCAACCGCCGGCACAAGCAGCCGCCCAGCAAGCCCAAUGUCCAGCCUGUGUCCUGUGAGAACAGUGAGGACAGGAGCAUCACCCGUGUGGAUGAAGGGCUGGAGGACUUCUUUGCCAAGAGGCUCAUCACAGAGGAGCUGCCCCCCACGGCUGCAGAGCCCUGUGUGGGCCCAGCCCCUCUGGCGCCCUCCGGCUCCCGCACCCUCAAGAAGAAAAUCGGGAUCUUUUUUGCCUUCAAGAAACCCAAAUCGCUGCGGGGCUCGAGGUGUGAGAAGGAGCCCGAGGGCGGCCCCGCUGCCGCCAGGAGCAGGCGCUCCAUGCUCAGCGACAUCCUGCGAGCCCCCAGCAGGGCGGGCGAGGCGAGCAAGCCGCUGAGUAAAUCAGAGGAGGGGGGGCUCGCCGCUGAGCCCCCCGCAGAGCCCGAGCACUGCCGCACCCCCGACUCUGCCCGCAGGAUCCGGCCCAAGUACUCGCGGGAGGGCAAGUCCCAGUCGCUCAUUCUGCUGCCCGGGGAGGAUGAGGAUGCGCUGGGGGUCAGGCAGGACAAGAAGAGGCAGCUGGAGAAGAGCGAGGGGGAGCUGGCGGGGUCCCUGGAGCAGCGUGUGCAGGUGAUGCUGCACCGCAUCGGCGUGGCCAAGGGCCCGGCCCCCGGCGCCAGGAAGCAGCAGAGCAAAGACAGCGAGAUCAAGAAAGCCGGCUCAGAUGGGGACAUCGUGGACAGCUCUGUGGACUCCCCCCCUUCCCUGAAGGCCCGCACGCACUCCGUGUCCACAGACGCGCCGUCCCGCAGCCCCGCGGAGCCCCGGCCGGGCUGGAGAGCCCCGGGCAGGCAGCCGCCCGCCGAGCCGCAGGGCUCCGAGCAGCCGCCCCGCUCCUGCCUCCCGGGGGAGCCUGCGGGCCGCGAGGGCUGGAGCAGCAGCCUGCCCCGGCCGGGGAGGAGCCCGGCAGCCGCCGUGCCGCGGAGGGUGAGCCACGGCGGGGAGGCGGGCGCCGGCAGCCCCCUGCCCCUCCUGCCAGACGCCCAAGAGCCCCGGCUGACACCGUGGCUGGCAGCCCCACGGGCCACCGGCCGCCGAGCUUUGUCCGUGCACGAGGAGCAGCUCAGGGACCCCGAGUGCCCCGAGGAGCUGGGAACGGGCACCGUGCCCCUGCGCCUGCGGCGCUCGCCCGUGCUGCGGCGGAGGACGAAGCACGACUCGCUCCCGGAGCCCGAGGGCGAGCUCGGCCCCUCCCCGGCUGCCGCAGGUGAGACGCGGCGCUGCCCCAUCCCGCGCCCCGGCUCGGAGGGUCCCGCCGCGCCGCCCACCGCAGCCUGCUGCGUGUCCCCCGCCGCAGCCCCGGCACGGACUGUAGCGAACGCACAAGCCUCAGCAGACCAAAGAGGGCCGGGCCGGGGGGAGGCAGCGCCGGGGCCCUGAAGCCCCCUCC